AAAAACAUAGAAGAGAGUAGAGAAAGUGCCGAUCGCUGGUGGGGUGAUUUUGCAAGAACUCAGUUGUGGGAAAAACUAAAACGUCAACCACCUCUCCUCUUUCACCCUUUCCAAUUUUUCUUUUAAUCUUUUUGAUUCCCAGAAAACCCACCUUUCAAUCUACACUAGGUUACCGAUUGUGGAAGAAACAAUCAAACAAACUUUCCCCCUUCAUAUUCAAUCUUCGUUUUGUUCGAAUUCCAAUUGAGAUCACCCAAAUCACAUCCCCUUUUCCUUCAAUUCUCUCAUUUUCUGAAUUUGGGUCUAUCGUAAAAGUUUUUUUUUUAAUUUCUUUACCCUUAUUUUUGACUACUACCUUUCAGAAAAUUAAGAUAAUUUCCGUCUAUUUCAAGCAAUUUUAGCUUGUGGGUUGUUUGAUUUUGACAAGUUUUAGUCAAAAUUUGUGUUGGAUUGUUAGAAGUUUUGAACUUUUCUUGGUGUGAUUAAAAGGAGAAAAAGAUGGAUACAAGCAGAAGAGCUGUGGAGUCAUACUGGAGGUCUAGGAUGAUAGAUGCAGCCACUUCUGAUGAAGACAAGGUCACACCUGUUUACAAAUUGGAAGAAAUUUGUGAGCUUUUAAGAUCUUCUCCAGCUGGUAUUGUCAAGGAAGUUUCUGAAUUUUUGUUAAAAAGACUUGAUCAUAAGAGCCCUGUUGUUAAACAGAAGGCUUUGAGGGUCAUUAAGUAUUCAGUCGGGAAGUCAGGUCCAGAGUUCAGAAGAGAAAUGCAAAGGAAUUCAGUGGCUGUGAAGCAGCUACUUCACUACAAGGGCCAACCUGAUCCUUUGAAGGGUGAUGCUUUGAACAAAGCGGUGAGGGAAACAGCUCAAGAUGCUCUUUCAGCUAUAUUUUCAACUGAUGACGACAAGCCUGCUGCAACCAAGGUAACCCAUAAGAGGAUGGAAGGUUUUGGAAAUACAAAUUUUGUGAGGCCACCAGAUGAGAAGAAGUCAUUUCUCAGCGAGGUAGUUGAUAUCGGAAGUUCCUCCAUAAAACAAGGUUUGAGUAACUUGGCUCAAGCGCAUUCACAGUCGUUCAAAAAGAAUGAUAUCGGAAGUUAUAGGGGUCCAACACUAAAUAAGUCAUUGACAAAUGACUCAGAAAGGUAUGAAAAGAUGGGUUAUCAUGGUGGUAGCCAGGGUAGCUCUUCUAGUUCAAGGAAUUCAACUGCUGGACCUUGGGGACAAGAUUCGAGGACAGUCACCGCUGAAACUACCGGUGUGGAUUCUAACUCAAGUUAUACAGAGAGUAAGACACGGGAAGAGAGGCUGUUAGAGACCAUUGUGACUUCUGGUGGCAUGCGACUGCAGCCUACGCGCGAUGCUUUACAAGCUUUCUUAAUGGAGGGCUCUAAGAUGGAUGCAUUGGCUUUGAGCCGAGCACUUGAAUCAAAACUCCAGUCUCCACAUUGGCAGGUUCGAGUGAAAGCAGUUUGUGUACUUGAAGCAAUUUUGAGAAAAAAAGACGAUGAGCAUUUUUCUAUUAUAGCUUCGUACUUUGCUGAUCGCAUAGAUCUGGUGAUCAAAUGUUCUGAAUCUCCUCAAUCUUCAUUGAGAGAGAAGGCAAACAGAGUCUUAAGUCUUUUGGGUGGAGAUAAAAAUGGAUAUACCUCAGAAAAGGCUACAAAAGUUGAGAAAGUAGAGAUGCCUGACUUGAUAGAUACGGGAUAUGAUGAUUUGCUUGGACAAGAUCUCAAAAACAAUCAUAAUGACCAACCUUCUUCAAACAAUCAAUUGCCGUCCUCUCUCCUAAUUGAUGAUUUAUUUGGGGAUGCUGCAAACAAUGAUUUGAGUAAGACUGAACUAAGAAAUGAGGAUGACCCUUUUGCCGAUGUCUCUUUUCAUACGAGUGAGGACAAAGACCCGAGCAAUGACCUCUUUGCUGGUAUGACAACUGUUGGAAAAGACUCUGGUUCUGCUGAAGUGCCUAGGAGUGACACUCUUGAUCCCUUCGACAUUUUCGGAUCCUCAGAACCUGUGCAGACACAAGAGAUUCACGCAAACGAUGUUAACAAUGCGAUGGCUAGUUUAUCCAUCGGUGGAAGUGGUUCAAUGACAAGUGAGAACAAAACCAACACCACACCAAUACCCGGAUCAAUAUUCUCGGAUUCAAACUUGAAUCCUAGUUCUCAAGACUUGAACAAUGUUCUAAGUGGAUUCGAUACUCAGAAAGCUACCCCUACUACAAACUCCAUGUUUCCGAUGGGUCCUAUACCAUACAAUAUACCCCCCGGAAUGUUGUUGAAUCAGUAUUAUCCUGCAGCUACUGCUAAUGCAAAUCCCAUGUUUCCGAUGGGCGGGUUGCUCGCUCCGCAACAGUUUAUGGCAGCUAUGGCUAAUUUUCAGACGCUAAGUAACUUGAAUUCCCAUAACGUUUCCGGUGGUAAUGCUGCUGCAACAUUGGGCGGAAGUGUUUCCCCAAUUCCUGAUAUAUUCAAUGCAAACAUGCCUGCGCAAACUUCAACUGCCACCAUGAACACACCAAAGGAGGAUACGAAAGCAUUUGAUUUUAUCACGGAUCAUUUGGCACAAGCGCGCGAUACUAAAAGAGUGAUUUAGUUUCGUCAAUUCAGAGCGAAGAUUUUUACUGGUGUUCAGGCAAUCAAAUUUCUUAUAAUAGAUUGGGGACCGAUAAUUUUUUCACAAUAAAUUUGCAGUGAGAUGAACGCAUACGAGCAAGAUUUCUCUGUUAUGUCGUGUAGUCAUAAGAACAUGUCUUUACAGCUUGGGAGGAAAAGCUCCCAUGGUUUUGUGCAGAAUGUGUAAAAUUAGGAAGGAUGAGAGCUAUUGUGCAGUUAUUGUUUUUGUUUUAUCAAUGAACAGUUUUGUUGCAAGCUUAUCAAAAUAGAUUAUUACGUUUUCAUUUUUA